AUGGAUGCUCCUUUUGGGUCUCCUGUCCCCUAUGCCGAACCCCAGUGGUAUUCGCGAGACUGCUCGCCUUACCACAAUGACUCUCACAAGAAGCUCCGGGCGUUUGUUCGGGAGUACGUGGAGAUGGAGCUGAUGCCGUACGCCCAGGAGUGGGAAGAACAAGGCUUUGUCCCUGAUGAAACCAUCAAGAGGUUUGCGAAGAAUGGCUUCUGCGUCAUAGACAGGUCCAAGCCCGAGUAUAUGGGUGGAAUAGGCCUGCCCGCGGGCAUUGCGCCGGAAGAAUGGGACGUCUUCCACACCCUGAUUGUGACAGAUGAGUUGAACAGAGUCGGAUACACUGGACCCAUCUGGGGUCUAAAUGCAGGGAACAGCAUUGGAUGUCCGCCCAUCAUGAAUUUCGGAACUGAGAAGCAGAAACUGGAAUACAUGCCUAAAGUUGCUCGUGGGGAGAUCAGAUUCUGUCUAGGGGUCACUGAGCCAGACGCCGGAUCGGACGUCUCUGGGAUCAAGACCGUAGCAAAGAAAGUUGGUGACCGCUACAUUGUCAACGGAGCAAAGAAAUGGAUAACCAACGGCAUCUGGGCGGACUACUGCACUGCCGCUGUCAGAACUGGUGGACCGGGCCAUGGAGGUAUAUCCUUUCUCAUCAUCCCUUUGACGGCAGAGGGAGUCACCAGGCGACGAAUGUUCAAUUCCGGCGUUCAUGCAAGUGGUUCGACUUUCCUGGAGUUUGCCGAUGUGGAAGUGCCAUUGGAGAACCUUAUUGGCAAGGAGAAUGAAGGGUUCAAGUAUAUCAUGUCAAACUUCAACCCAGAACGGCUCACUCUCGCAAGUGCAUGCAUUAGACUCUCACGCGUUUGCGUAGAAGACGCUUUCAAAUACUCUACUACACGAGAGACGUUCGGCAAACCUUUACUAGCUAACCAGGUCAUCAGGGCAAAGAUCAGUAAAAUGGGCCAGCUCAUCGAGCCCUGCCAGGCAUUUAUGGACCAGCUGGCAUAUACAAUCAAGACCUCCGAGAAAACUGGACGGAAAGUCGAUAUUGGAGGGAUGACUGCCUUGCUGAAAGUGAUGAGCACGCGCUGCUUGGAGAAAGUGUGCAGGGAAGCCCAGCAGAUUAUGGGCGGAGCAGGCUAUAACAAGGCUGGCAAAGGGUCCAGAAUUGAAGCGAUCAGUCGUGAUGUUCGGGUAUAUGUUGUUGGUGGAGGAAGUGAGGAGAUACUGCAGGAUCUCUCUGUGCGGGAGGAGCUCAAGCAUAUGCGUAAAGCCAUGGAAGCUCAGAAGAGAGCCAAGCUGUGA